CUGACUCUCUUUCUUUCACUCUCUCUCUCCUUCCCUCUCUCACUUUUAGUUCCAGUCUCUCUGUCAACUAUAAAAGAUCAGCGAUCGGCCCUGGCAGACGCCAGCUCAGUGUGCCCUUAUGCGCCUGGGCUGUUGAUUUCCUUCUGGAGAAGGCUCAGGACGCACUAUGUGAGCUCCUCAAAUCCUGCAGCUGAUACUUAGGAACCUGCGCAGAUCCGGCAUAAAACCAAGUUUUCCUCUUCCUGCGCUAACCAGAGCCGAACAGCGAGCCAGCUGACAAGCUUUUGGCUGUCAGCCUUGCAGUAUGGCCACGGAGACACACAACCAGAACUUCUCUUCCAGUUCCAGCAGAAGUACCCCAGUUCAGAUGUCGCCCAGAUCAGGAAGGCCCACCUAUGACACACAGCUGUCACCCCCCUUACAGAUGGCACAGACACAGGAUGACCCAAGCCUUGGGGAGAUUUCCCUGCCUUUCCAGCGAACAGAGAGCGCCCCCUACAGGCCGAAGGGCAUCUCCACAGAGAAGUACCGGCGGCAUAGCAGUGAUGGUGUGAUGGGGCAGGGGUUUGGCUCUGCCGAGCCCACUCACUUUCACCCUUAUCGACGCCAGUAUAGCGCAGAGGGGUACAACAUUCAUUUGGGGGCCCAGGGAGACCCGUGCUCUCCUCCCCGAUCUUUCAGAGGGUUUGAGGGAAUGAAGCUCUCGGAGUCCAUGCCCCCAGCAUGCAGUCAGGAGCCCGACAGCCUUCCACCUGCGGUUCCAGGGACAUGGUCCAGUGUGGUGCCCUACAGCAGCAGUGUGCAGAGCACAAGACUGAUGGGAGCACAGCCCUCGUACCCAGACACAACCGAUAUAUCAGAGGACGAGAAGGUGAAAUCCUGCUCUUACCCCUCGCAGAUACAGCACAGCUACAGAGCAGCUCAGGCCCUGCAGCCGAGUAUUCUCAUCUUCAUGGCCCUGCGGAACAGCAAGACAGGCAGCCUGCCUGUCAGUGAGAUCUACAACUUCAUGACUGAACAUUUCCCCUACUUCAAGACAGCUCCCGACGGCUGGAAGAACUCUGUCCGCCACAACCUGUCCCUGAACAAGUGCUUCGAGAAGGUGGAGAGCAAGUGUGGCAGCUCGUCGCGGAAGGGCUGCCUGUGGGCCCUCAACCCCGCCAAGGUGGAGAAGAUGCAGGAGGAGCUGCACAAGUGGCGCCGCAAAGACCCGCUGACCGUGCGCAAGAGCAUGGCCAGGCCAGAAGAGCUGGAUCGCUUGCUUGGGGACAAGCCAGACAAAUUCAAGGUCUUCUCCAGCGACCUGGGGCAGCCUUUCUCGCUCAGGAGGUCCGCUGACUUCGAGAGACCCCCGUCUUUCACCCCCUCCCAGCACGGCGCCCUGAGCCAGACCGCCAGGCGUUCGUUCCAGGGCAGCCGGGCAGCCUCUCUCCUCGCUGGGCAGCAGCCCCCCUACCUGCCCCCGGCUCCCCAGGCCUUCUCAUAUCUCUGCCCCGGUGGACAGCAGGUAUCAUCGGACACCCCCCGCAGGCCAGACAGCCAUGGCUCCCUCCUGCCCUCCCAGACCCCACCUGCCUAUAACGCCGCCCUGCAGGCCGAACACUGCACACGCAGGAGCUUGCAGGAGAGCCUGGCAGACGGGGAGCUCAGUAAUGACGUCGACAUGCUGAACCCCAGCCUCACGGACUUCCAGCUGCAGGGCAGUUUGUGGGAGGAUCUGAAAGACGACAGCCUGGCCCUGGACUCUCUGGUUGUCAUAGCGACCUCGCCAUCCUCGUCCCCCCCGGGCCCCGGGCAGUCGGGCAGCUGCCCGGGGCAAGGGGGCAGCGGCGCCGGCGAGCAGAGCACGUCCGCCGUGGCCGAGGAGGGCAGCCCGGCCGACGUCCACAUUACAGGAAUCUACUCGGCUGCCUUCGCCGACUUCGACAGCGUGGGCAGCAGCUACCUGCCCGCACCUGGGAACACACCCAUUCCACUCCUGUGAGGGCGAGGAGAGACAGCUGGCACUGCACACCGCGGCACCACAACCGCCCGCGGGUGCCAGGGAAGGCUGGUCUGCAUGUAACUCUUUGAGCUCUUUUCUGCUCCUGAUUUCCUGCGGGUUUUGACAUUUCCAGGCAGAAUGGUUUCGCGUUUGCCGUGAUUCGGUCGAUUUCCUUUUUCCUUUAAAAAUACACUUCACUAGGGGAAAGGCUUCACUGUACACAUUCCGGCACUGGAGCAAAACCCCCUGUGCAGAGAUGUCCUGUUUCUCUGUGGGCGUCGUGGAGGUGAGGGAGUGAGCCUUUGAAAGACCCCCGGUCCUGUUUGAGGCCUGAAGCUGCACUCGGAAUGAAACCGGAAGCCCAGAGCUGUGCAGUUUCCUAUUCCAUCUCACUGUACGCUCCUGCCUUGCUUCCCUGUAACUCCUGUGCCCGACUUCAAGCAGCUGGUUAACAAGUACGUCAGUAAGUUCCCCUAACCACCCUGUAACUGGCCAGUGAGGUCAGAACUGAACGGGACAGGUUAGCAAGACGUUGGCUGGUGAAAUUAAAGAACGGAGUGCAGGCGUCUCCUGGGUCUGCUUUAAAGGCAGGCCAACCCUCUGUAAAACUCUCAUUUGCUUUAAAUGUAUAUACUGAUACGUGGAUAACAAGUCCAGCUAAAGUGGAAGGCGGAAACAACAUCACAACUUGUUCAUCAAAAAAAGAUACUAAUAUAUGAUCACUUUCAUUCACUGGAGCAGUUGAGCCUUGAACUUUCUUGACCUCUGGCUUUAAACACUGUUGUAUCUGGCUUUGUGUACUGAAAUUCCCCUGUUCAUAAUGACAUAACUGCAGGUCAAACCUGCACAUUCCCUUGGCCUCACAUAUUGUAGCAUCUCCUCUUCUUAACAGCAGAGAGAGUCCGUUUCAGAAGGGAGGCCUACAUGCACACUACCAUAAGUGACAGUGUAAAAACCGAAGGAUUGCGGGUGAUUGCAGAAGGCAAUAAAGCUGGAGUUAAAAACAGUGCUUUUGCACUUUCUUGUGGGGAUUAAUCAAAGAAUGUCUGGAGCCUACUAUUGAGCUCUGAAUCGGGAAGAAAGGGUAUUUUAAGGGACAACGUCAUUCUGAAUUCCUUCUUUUUUGAGAUCCUGUGUUGUGGGUAUGGAAAAUAGAUUUGAGUAGGCUGCUGUGUCAGCAUGCAUAGGUUGCAAUGGACCAGGAAAAGGUUUGUUCCAUGCUGAAAGGUAAAUGAAAGGUCUG